CAGCGACCGCGUAGCGGAGUAGCGCGGGAUCAUCACUAGCCGUCCAUCAAACGUACCCUAAGAAUAACAAGAACGCGGGUCCCAUAUCCAGUAACAAAGCGGCUGCCACGUCAUCCAACACCCCUACAAAGCAAUCCGCGCACUCUCUCCCUCUCAAUUGCUUAAAGCUUUAAACCCCCCACUUUCUCGUCCCUUCUCCCAUUCUUCUCCCCUCCCCACCCUCCUCCUCUCUCUCCUCUUUUCCUGCCACCAAAGAAGAAUAGAGAAAUCUACUACUACUAUCUGCAUCAGAGGAAAGGAGGAAAUAAACAGUGUAAAAGAAAAGAGAAGAAGAAAUCAACAAGGGAGGAGCGGGAAAAAAAAAAAAGAGAAGAAAUCUUAAGCUCUGUUUCUCUUUUACCUGUCUCCAUUUUCUCUCCUCUCUUUGGCUUUGUCUACUAUCACAGAGAAAAGAAUGGAACGGUGGGAGAGACCGCCGUCGUGGCGCGGCCGCAACAACCCUUCCUUCUCCUCCUCCCUCCUCGACGCCAUCUACCGCUCCAUCGACGAAUCCGACGGCGGCGGCGGAGGACCAACGCGGAAUCACCGCAAAAGCGGAGCACCCGAUCUCUCCUUUUCCUUCUCCUCCUCCUCCGCCGCUGCCGCUAGAAAGAAGCAGAGCGCGGACGAGCUCAAGCGGACCGCCGCUGCAGUUAGCGAGAGGGCGCUGAUUCGACGCGGCUCGGUGGACUACAAACACGGUCUCGUCACCCCCACCUCCAGCUCCUCGGAUUCCUCCAGCUACGGCGGCUUCUCCUCCUCCGACGCCGAGUCCUACUACUCGACCGGGGUCAGACCGGUUCGAUCGGACCGGAUCCGCUCCGAUCCGGUGAUCCCGCCGGAGAAGAAGAAGGCCGGGUCGAUCCGGAGCCGACUCCGGGAUCUGAGGAAGGGCCGUGCCACCGGCCCGGCUUCUCCGGGGGCGCGGCUGGCGAGCUUCCUCAACUCGCUUUUCGCCGCCGCCGGAAACCCCAAGAAGACCAAGAUCGCUGCUCCUCCGCCGCCGCCGCCGCCGCCGCCGCCGAAGGCCGAGUCCGCGUGCUCGUCGGCGUCGUCGUACUCGCGGUCGUGCCUGAGCAAGACGCCGUCGUCGAGGGGACGGCGGACGCCAGCGGUGGCUGUGGAGGGUGGCAAGAGGUCGGUGCGAUUCUGCCCCGUGAGCGUGAUCGUUGGCGAGGACUGCCGGCCGUGCGGGCAUAAGUGCCUCGACGACGACGAUCUGGCGCCGCCGCCGCCGCCGGUGGUGGUGGCGAGAAGGGUGGAGGAAUUGCUCCGUGGGUUGGAGAAGGAGGAGGAGGAGGAGGACGCGAUGAGCGAUUCGAGCUCGGAUCUGUUCGAGUUGGAGAAUUUGACGGCGAUCGGACGGUACAGGGACGAGCUCCCGGUGUACGAGACCACCGAUCUGGGGACCAACCGCGCCAUCGCCCAGGGUUUAGUUGUGUAAAAUAAUAAAAAAAAAAGAAAAAUAUCAAAUUUAGGGGGAAAAGCAUGUAUUUCUUGGGAAAUUAAUGUGUUUUACUUUUUUGGAUAUUAAACACUAAAUUUUGGACUAAAUGCCAAUGGGUGAAACAAAAAUGGUAUGUAAAUAAUUAUAUAUUUUUAUUCUAUUUAUAUUUUUUAAU